AUGUACGGCGCGAGCGGAGGCCGCACCAAAACCGAGAGGAAAAGCGGAGCGAAGGAGGAGACCGGGCCCGGCGGUGCCGGCGGUGGGGGGAACCGAGUGGAGCUGCUGGUCUUCGGCUAUGCCUGCAAGCUGUUCCGAGACGAUGAGCGGGCCCUGGCCCAGGAACAGGGACAGCACCUCAUCCCCUGGAUGGGGGACCACAAGAUCCUCAUCGACAGAUAUGAUGGGCGCGGUCACCUGCAUGACCUUUCUGAGUACGAUGCUGAGUAUUCCACAUGGAACAGAGAUUACCAGCUCUCCGAAGAGGAGGCACGAAUAGAGACCCUGUGUGAUGAAGAGAGGUAUUUAGCCUUGCAUACGGACUUGCUUGAGGAGGAGGCAAGGCAAGAGGAAGAAUACAAGCGGUUGAGUGAAGCACUGGCAGAGGACGGGAGCUAUAAUGCGGUGGGGUUCACGUACGGCAGUGAUUACUAUGACCCGUCCGAACCCACGGAGGAAGAGGAGCCUUCCAAGCAGAGAGAAAAAACUGAAGCUGAAAAUUUGGAGGAAAACGAGGAGCCUUUCAUUGCCCCAUUAGGACUGAACGUGCCACCUGAUGUGGAACUGCCACCAACAGCCAAAAUGCACGCCAUCAUUGAGCGCACAGCCAACUUCGUGUGCAAACAAGGUGCACAGUUCGAGAUAAUGCUGAAAGCCAAGCAGGCCCGAAACUCUCAAUUUGACUUUCUACGCUUCGAUCACUACCUCAACCCCUACUACAAAUUCAUCCAGAAAGCGAUGAAAGAAGGACGGUAUACGGUACUGGCAGAAAACAAAAGUGAAGAGAAAAAGAAGUCGGGCGUCAGCUCUGACAACGAAGAUGACGACGACGAGGAGGACGGCAGUUACCUGCACCCGUCCCUCUUCGCCUCGAAGAAGUGCAACCGCCUGGAGGAGCUCAUGAAGCCUUUGAAGGUGGUGGACCCUGAUCACCCCCUUGCAGCGCUGGUCCGUAAAGCCCAGGCCGACAGUCCUGCCCCCACCCCACCCACUGCAGAUGGUGCAGCCGUGCAGCCCUCCCAGGUGGAGUACAGCGCUGACUCAACGGUGGCAGCCAUGUACUACAGCUACUACAUGCUGCCAGACGGCACCUACUGCCUGGCACCUCCCCCUCCAGGGGUUGACGUUGCCACUUACUACAGCACCCUGCCUGCCGGGGUGGCCGUGUCCAGCUCCACCGGAGUGACUGCCACUGCCCCACCCCCUCCAGGGACCACGCCACCUCCCCCACCAACCACGGCGGAGACGAGCAGUGGGGUGACCUCCACCACCAUCACCACAAGUGCACUUGCUCCCGUGGCCACCAUCAUCCCCCCGCCCCCCGACAUCCAGCCUGUGAUUGACAAGUUGGCAGAGUACGUGGCCAGGAAUGGCCUUAAGUUUGAGACCAGCGUUCGGGCCAAGAAUGAUCAACGGUUUGAGUUCCUGCAGCCGUGGCACCAGUAUAAUGCCUAUUACGAGUUUAAGAAGCAGUUUUUCCUCCAGAAAGAAGGGGGCGAGAACGCACAGGCUGUGUCAGCGCCGGAAGAGACUCCUGCAGAGUCUGCUCCUGAAAAGCCGAGUGACGUUGGGGAAGAUAGUGUGUCUGAAGACGCAGCCGACGUGGGGGGAAGAGGUGUCUCCUCGGGGAAGAAAGAGGCAUCGUCCAGCAGAGCCGUCCCAGACGGGAAGCUUGUGAAAGCUUCAUUUGCUCCAAUAAGCUUUGCAAUCAAGGCCAAAGAAAAUGAUCUACUUCCCCUGGAAAAAAAUCGUGUUAAGCUAGAUGAUGACAGUGAUGAUGAUGAAGAAAGCAAAGAAGGCCAAGAAAGUUCUAGUAGUGCUACAAACACUAACCCGGCAGUUGCCCCACCCUGUGUAGUUGUUGAGGAGAAGCGGCCUCAACUUACCCAGGAGGAGCUAGAAGCAAAGCAAGCAAAGCAAAAAUUGGAGGAUCGACUGGCAGCUGCUGCCAGGGAAAAGCUGGCCCAAGCGUCUAAGGAAUCGAAGGAGAAACAGCUCCAAGCAGAACGUAAAAGAAAAGCUGCUUUAUUUUUACAGACCUUAAAAAAUCCUCUGCCAGAAGCAGAAGUCGGGAAAGUUGAAGAGAGUGCUUUCAGCGUAGAGGAGGCUGCUUCAGUGCCCUGUCCUCUGCUGGCUGGAGGCAGACCUCUGCCGACUCUAGACGUGAAGCCUCCAGAAGGGCGCUCAAGCCGAAGCAAAGAGCCGCCGAGAGAAGAAGAGAGAGAGAGGAAAAAGAAAAAGCACAAAAAACGGUCUCGAACAAGAUCGCGGUCUCCCAAGUACCAUUCUUCGUCCAAGUCCAGGUCUAGGUCCCACUCAAAAGCAAAGCAUUGUCUUCCCAGUGCCUAUCGGACAGCGCGGCGCUCCAGACCCACAGCCUCCCCAGGGACGCUGAGCGCGGAGCCUUGUCAGAGCAGCUCGGCAGUGGCAGCAGCAGCAGAGCGGGACAGUUAUCAGGCAGCUUCGACCACGAGCAGAUUUGACUCCUGGAGCUCUUUUGAGGGGAAACCUGGUAAAAUGUCAAGGUCCCGGUCCCGGUCCCCUCGGAGGCGAGCGCACUCCCCCGAGAGACGGCGGGAGGACAGGAGCGUCCCCACCGCCUACCGGAUGAGCAACAGCCCCGGAGUCAGCAGGAAGCGGACCCGGUCCAGGAGCCCCCACGAGAAGAAGAAGAAGAGACGCUCACGGUCACGGACCAAGUCCAAGGCCGGAUCUCAGCCAGCCUCCCCGAGCAAGCAGCCCACGCGCCGCCACUCGGCCAGCAUCUCUCCUGUGGAGAGCAGGGGCUCCAGCCAGGAGCGCUCCAGGGGAGUUUCUCAGGAAAAGGACGGUCAGAUCUCCUCAGCCAUCGUUUCUUCUGUGCAGAGCAAAAUCACUCAGGACCUCAUGGCCAAAGUAAGAGCGAUGCUAGCAGCUUCCAAAAACAUGCAGACCAGCGCCUCCUGA